AUGUCCUUUGAGGAGGUGGCUGUGUAUUUCACCCAGGGGGAGUGGCCCCUGCUGCGCCCAGACCAAAGAGUUCUGUACAAGGAAGUCAUGCUGGAGAGUUUUGGGAACAUGGCCUCACUGGGUGGUGUUUGGGAGUCAACAAAAGAAACAUCUGAGCUUCCAGUCACGGAGAAGAAAGAUGUAUAUUCAGAUGUGAAAGAGAAAGAUGAAUAUUGUGAUGCAAUUCACAAAGGGGAGAAACGGUAUAAAUGCCUGGAGUGUGGAAAAUUUUUCCAUAGGCAUUCACAGCUUACAUCCCAUCAAAGAAUCCACACAGGGGAGAAACCAUAUAAAUGCCUGGAAUGUGGGAAAAGCUUUGGUUGGAGUGGAAACCUUACUGUCCAUCAAAGAAUUCACACAGGUGAUAAACCAUAUAAAUGCCUGGAGUGUGGGAAAAGUUUCAGCAGCAGCAGAAGCCUUGCUGUCCAUGAAAGAAUUCACACAGGGGAGAAACCAUAUAAAUGCCUGGAGUGUGGGAAAGGCUUCAGAGGGAGUGGAGACCUUACUGUCCAUGAAAGAAUUCACACAGGGGAGAAACCAUAUAAAUGCCUGGAGUGUGGGAAAAACUUCAGGCGGAGUGACAGUCUUACUUCCCAUCACAGAAUUCACACAGGGGAGAAACCAUAUAAAUGCCUGGAGUGUGGGAAAAGCUUCAGUGGGAGUGGAGUCCUUACUGUCCAUCAAAGAAUUCACACAGGGGAGAAACCAUAUAAAUGCCUGGAGUGUGGGAAAAGCUUCAGUGCGAGUAGAUGCCUUACUGUCCAUCAAAGAAUUCACACAGGGGAGAAACCAUAUAAAUGCCUGGAGUGUGGGAAGAGCUUCAGUCAGGGUGGAGGCCUUACUGUCCAUCAAAGAAUUCACACAGGGGAGAAACCAUAUAAAUGCCUGGAGUGUGGGAAAAGCUUCAGUAAGACUGUUCAUCUUACCGUUCAUCAAAGAAGUCACACAGGGGAGAAACCCUGUAAAUGCCUGGAGUGUGGGAAAAGCUUCAGUAGGACUGUUCAUCUUACUGUUCAUCAUAGAAUUCACACAGGGGAGAAACCAUAUAAAUGCCUGGAGUGUGGGAAAAGAUUCAGUCGGAGUGGAGGCCUUACUGUCCAUCAAAGAAUUCACACAGGGGAGAAACCAUAUAAAUGCCUGGAGUGUGGGAAAAGAUUCAGUCGGAGUGGAGGCCUUACUGUCCAUCAAAGAAUUCACAAGGAGGACAAACCAUAUAAAUGCAUCGAGUGUGGGAAAAGAUUCAGCAACAGUGGAGGCCUUACUGUCCAUCAAAGAAUUCACACAGGGGAGAAACCAUAUAAAUGCCUGGAGUGUGGGAAAAGAUUCAGUCAGAGUGGAGGCCUUACUGUCCAUCAAAGAAUUCACAAGGAGGACAAACCAUAUAAAUGCCUGGAAUGUGGAAAAGGUUUCAAUCAGCAUACAUAUUUUAUUAACCAUCAAAGAAUUCACAAAGGGGAGAAACAAUAG